AUUAAUCAAAAUGCCUAUCUUUCUCAUUCUUGUCCUCUUAGCGGCCGUCGCGAAGAGCCAAGAUUGCUCUGUCGUUGCAGACUUCAAAAUCGAUUUCCAGACAUCUAUAUUCAUUGCUGGAAAUGCAUACAAUAUUACAUUGACUUUACUAGAUAGCUAUGGCGAUCCGACAUGCGUUCUCUACGACCCGCUCUUGUCCGUGUCAUGCCCCAGCAGCAGCAGCAACGGGCGCGACUUUUGCAGUUUGCAGCUAUCGCCACUGUAUAACGGAGUUUACAACAUCAAAGUGAUUCCACAAACCCUAUGGGGGGGGCAUACAGUAUGGCCACCACCAUACAGCCCAGUAGCGCCGCUUCCAGACGUGUAUUUUGCUGGGGACACAGCAAUACGGAUCACGUACAAUGGCAGGGACAUCCAGGGGAGCCCCUUCCCGGUUACUGUACAAGCAGAGCCCCACAUUUCCACAGCCUUAUCCACUGUCAAUGUGGCAGUGCCGGCAAAGGGAGUUGCAAGCUCCAGAUUUGCCAUUGCCUAUUUCUACCAAAUUUCAGACAGGUUUACGAAUUGGAUCAGAGAAAAAUCAAUUGCGACACAACUUCGGGUAUCAGCCUACCCCGACGCGGAUAUCUCUGUCCAAUGGUGGCAAAAUUGGUGGAUCGUGUUAUAUGCAAACUCAACAUCAGCUGGUAUGUAUCGUUUUCAGGUGUACUUCAUUGACGAUGACGGCAGCGAAGUUCCCAUACGCAUUCUGUCGCCGGGGUUGGGACUGUCAUAUGAUGGCAGCUUUGAGGUGUUACCGCUCGCCCUUGAUGAAGCAAAAAUUACUGCAAGCGGCUUGCCACAAGAGGUAGAAGCUGGCAUUCCUGUAUCCUUGACGCUCCAGGCUAUGGACAUUUACAGCAAUCCUACGCGUCUGGUUGACCCCGAGUCAUACCAGCCAUUUGGCCAGCAGCCUGACAACAAAACCUUGCUGCAAGUUCGUCUGGUAACAGUUGACAGUGGUGCAUUGCAGCCUAAUGUUGUGGCUAUCCCAACCAACACGACUGGAGCAUGCAGUUGGUCCAUAACUUUCUUUACGUCAAUGGAUUACAGUGUAUCAGUAACGUAUAAGGAAAGUGUACUGCAUAUGUUUAGUAUCACAGUACGGAAUGCCCAGGCAUCACCAAGCAAUAGCACAGCUUUGCUUCCAGAAAUUGGACAAGCAGGGACGACCCUCCUUUAUGUUACGCCGCGUGACCUGUGGGGCAACAUUGCACCCCUAGCAAACAAUGACCUUUCAAUUGGAUUAACUGGUAGCACUUUCUUUCAUAGCUUCAUUCCUGUUGAGCCGGUGCGGAAAGGAGAUUACUCUGUCUAUUCUUUGACCCUCACAGAGGCAGGGCUUUAUGUAGUUUCCAUACAGCUGCACAAUUCGUCUUGGCUGGAAAAGAAUAUCACUAUUGAGGCCUCUUACCCUAGCUUACAGCGGAGCUAUGUGCUAGGAUUUGGAGCUGGGGACCCGUAUGGUUUUGCACCUACUCCAUUAGUUGCAGGGGAACAGUAUGUGCUGCGAGUUUUCAUUAAAGACCUGUAUGGCAACACCAUACAGGCCGACAAGGUAGUGGACCUCAACAUUGUGGGACCAGGCCAAGUACUCAUGAAUAUGUCUAUGUUGCCAAGCGGUGCAUUUGAAGUAAUCUAUCAGCCAAUCGUUGUGGGUGUCUAUGCCGUCAUUGCAAAUCUAACCACUGGGUUGCUGCUACAUCGUGGUGCUGUGUACGUUCAACCUGGCACAUUCAACCCAAACGCUACCACACUUCAGGUACCAGAUUACAUUGUUGCUGGCGAGGCCAGUAGCUUUAAACUUGCAUUUCACGACUCCUAUGGCAAUGCAGCGGCUUCAAGUGGAGAAGCUUCUGUUGUUGUUUUUAAGUAUGGAGGAGAGUCGCUUUCGUUUCCACUAAACCUUUCUGGCAAGUUUAUUGAGGAGUUGCCCUUUCGCUUGAUGCAUUCUGGAUUGUAUGCCUUCUCCAUAUCUGUUAACAGUGUAUUGGUGAAAUCCAAUAAUGGCUACCUUCAUGUUGUUCCGGGUUCUGCUUAUGCGCUGAAUAUAACUGAGCUCAAGAUGACGGACCGACUUCUUGAGGUGUACGCAUACGUGGUUGACGAAUAUCUGAAUAGCUUGAACGCUGCAGCUAUGACGGCAUUUGCAGUAGCUAUUGACCCACCAAUCCUAUUCCAUGGUAAUGUCACUCUCUCUUCCACGGGCAUCACCCUACAAUUGGAUAAGGAUCCGGCAAUAGAGAAUACCUUACAGGUGCAACUGAAGAUAAGCAACACUAUUUUCUUCAACUGUACCUGGAAGCCGACUGCAGCGCAUGCCACAUUACGUCGUGUCAGAAGCAUUGGGCCGCUGAUUGCCAUCACUGCUGUGUGUGUUUGCAUCUUGUUUGCAAGCAUUGCACUUGUGUGGUCCUUUCGUAUGCUCAGACACAAGCCAUAGCAUGGAUGCUGCCAGCAUAUAUAGGGUCUGCAAUCAUGUACGACCAUCGUAGAGCGCUCUCACCAAUUGCACAGCAUAAGCUGUCAACGAGAUUUCGUUUAUGUUGCUGGCCAAUCACUGCAAAGCAUGGUGGGGAGAGCGAGCAUGGUGGGCCCAGGGAGGACGUGCCCUGUAUGUACGGCUUACGAGGCUGUGACGCUUUUUGGUAAGCAUGUAGCUAGAAUUAUAUAACGCGGCUUGAUUUGCGAAUGAGCAGAUUGGCUGCUGUCGGCGAGUGCGGCAUGAGUGCGGCAUGAUAUGCGUUGGCUAAGCUAUGCGCAGCUAGCCUCUGCGAGGACUGCGACGGUUGCAGUUGAUGACGGCUUGAGUAACGAACGCAAGCGGCUAGGAAAGCACGCCAUGCGUGUCGCUAGGAGUGUCGCUGGGCUGUGACAAGCAACCCCCCCCCCCGCACACACAAAAAAAUAAAACUUUUGGUGCGGUGUGUAUGAAGGGGCGGGCCAAGGACCUUUCAAACCGCCUGUCACGCGUGUGGGGACGGAGUGGCAAGCCUGCGCAGCACUGCUUCCACUGCAAGGGUCUCGUUCUGUGUUCGCUCCGGUGUUAUAAGGCUGUGUUUAUAAAGCCAAGGUAGAACUGAGAGUUAUCGAGAUAUGAAGGAGAGAUCGGGACUAUCAAGACGCAGAAGCGUAGCGGAAUUCCACAGGGAAGGCACCAAGCACGCACGCGAACCACCUUGCGUGUCAACGGCUGACACGAAACCUGCC